CUGGCGCGGCUUGAGCCGCCACCGCACUGACAGCUCCGUGUGCGGACCAUGGAGACCCGCAGCGGCCCACACCCGCUACGCCUGUUCCUCUGUCUGAUCCCGCUCUGUCUUGCGCUGCUUUGGGGACCCGGGCUGCCCGGGACCGCCGAGGAAGUAAUCCUCCUGGAUUCCAAAGCUUCUCAAGCUGAACUGGGCUGGACUGCACUGCCAAGUGAUGGGUGGGAGGAGAUCAGCGGUGUGGACGAACGUGACCGGCCCAUCCGCACAUACCAGGUGUGCAACGUGCUGGAGCCCAACCAGGACAACUGGUUACAGACUGGUUGGAUCAGCCGAGGCCGCGGGCAACGCAUCUUCGUGGAGCUGCAGUUUACACUGCGCGACUGCAGCAGCAUCCCCGGCGCCGCGGGCACUUGCAAGGAGACCUUCAACGUCUACUACCUGGAAACCGAGGCCGACCUGGGCCGCGGACGUCUCCGCUCCGGCGGCAGCCGACCCCGCAAGAUCGACACUAUCGCGGCGGACGAGAGCUUCACGCAGGGUGAUCUGGGAGAGCGCAAAAUGAAGCUGAAUACUGAGGUGCGCGAGAUCGGCCCGCUCAGUCGGCGGGGUUUCCACCUGGCUUUUCAGGACGUGGGCGCAUGCGUGGCGCUGGUCUCCGUGCGCGUCUACUACAAGCAGUGCCGCGCCACCGUGCGGGGUCUGGCGGCGUUCCCAGCCACCGCGGCCGAGGGCGCCUUCUCCACCCUGGUGGAGGUGACCGGAACGUGCGUGGCACAUUCGGAAGGGGAGCCGGGCAGCCCCCCGCGCAUGCAUUGCGGCGCUGACGGCGAGUGGCUGGUGCCAGUGGGCCGCUGCAGGUGCAGUGCGGGAUUCCAGGAGCGCGGCAACAUCUGUGAAGCCUGUCCCCCAGGGUUUUACAAGGUGUCCCCGCGGCGGCCCCUCUGCUCGCCGUGCCCAGAGCACAGCCGGGCCCUGGAAAACGCCUCCACGUUCUGCGUGUGCCAGGACAGCUAUGCGCGCUCGCCCACCGACCCGCCCUCGGCGUCCUGCACGCGGCCGCCGUCGGCGCCGCGGGACCUGCAGUACAGCCUGAGCCGCUCGCCGCUGGCGCUGCGGCUCCGCUGGCUGCCGCCGGCCGACUCGGGCGGACGCUCGGACGUCACCUACUCGCUGCUGUGCCUGCGCUGCGGCCGCGAGGGCCCGGCGGGCGCGUGUGAGCCGUGCGGGCCGCGCGUGGCCUUCGUGCCGCGCCAGGCCGGGCUGCGCGAGCGCGCCGCCACGCUGCUCCACCUGCGGCCCGGGGCGCGCUACACCGUGCGCGUGGCCGCGCUCAACGGCGUCUCGGGCCCGGCGGCCGCCGCGGGAGCCACCUACGCGCAGGUCACCGUCUCCACCGGGCCCGGGGCACCCUGGGAAGAGGAUGAGAUCCGCAGAGACCGAGUGGAGCCGCAGAGUGUGUCCCUCUCAUGGCGAGAGCCCAUCCUCCCUGGAGCCCCUGGGGCCAAUGGCACGGAGUAUGAGAUCCGCUACUACGAGAAGGGUCAGAGUGAGCAGACUUACUCCAUGGUGAAGACAGGAGCCCCUGCAGUCACCGUCACCAACCUGAAGCCGGCUACCCGCUACGUCUUUCAGAUCCGGGCAGCUUCCCCAGGGCCCUCCUGGGAGGCCCAGAGCUUCCACCCCAGCAUUGAAGUGCAGACCCCAGGGGAGGCUGCUUCCGGGUCCAGGAACCAGAGCCCCGCGGUCGUCAUCACUGUGGUGACCAUCUCGGCCCUCCUCGUCCUGGGUUCUGUGAUAAGCGUACUGGCCAUUUGGAGGAGGCCCUGCAGCUAUGGCAAAGGACGUCGGGACGCCCACGAUGAGGAGGAGCUGUAUUUCCACUUCAAAGUCCCGACGCGCCGCACAUUCGUGGAUCCCCAGAGCUGCGGCGACCCGCUCCAGGCUGUGCAUCUGUUCGCCAAGGAGCUGGAUGCGAAAAACGUUACGCUGGAGAGAAGCCUCGGCACAGGGCGGUUUGGGGAGCUGUGCUGUGGCUGCCUGCAGCUCCCCGGCCGCCAGGAGCUCUCCGUGGCGGUGCACACGCUGAGGCACGACUGCUCCGACUCGCAGAGGCUCAGCUUCCUGGCCGAAGCCCUCACCCUGGGCCAGUUUGACCACAGCCACAUCGUGCGGCUGGAGGGCGUUGUCACCCGAGGAAGCACCUUGAUGAUUGUCACCGAGUACAUGAGCCAUGGGGCCCUGGAUGGCUUCCUCAGGCGGCACGAGGGGCAGCUGGUGGCCGGGCAGCUGAUGGGUCUUCUGCCCGGGCUGGCGUCGGCCAUGAAGUACCUGUCGGAGAUGGGCUACGUUCACCGGGGCCUGGCAGCCCGCCGCAUGCUGGUCAGCAAUGACCUCGCCUGCAAGAUCUCUGGCUUUGGGCGGGGUCCCCGGGACAGAGCGGAGGCUGUCUACACCACCAUGAGUGGCCGGAGCCCAGCACUAUGGGCUGCCCCUGAGACUCUUCAGUUUGGCCACUUCAGCUCUGCCAGUGAUGUGUGGAGCUUUGGUGUCGUCAUGUGGGAGGUGAUGGCCUUUGGGGAGCGGCCCUACUGGGACAUGUCUGGCCAGGACGUGAUCAAGGCCGUGGAGGACGGCUUCCGGCUGCCCCCUCCCAGGAAUUGCCCCUCUCCUCUGCACCGACUGAUGCUUGACUGCUGGCAGAAGGACCCAGGUGAGCGGCCCAGGUUCUCCCAGAUCCACAGCAUCCUGAGCAAGAUGGUGCAGGACCCGGAACCCCCAAAGUGUGCCACGACCACCUGUCCCAGGCCCCCCACGCCCCUGGCAGAUCGAGCCUUCUCCACCUUCCCUUCCUUUGGCUCCGUGGGUGCAUGGCUGGAGGCCCUGGACCUGGGCCGCUACAAGGACAGCUUUGCUGCAGCCGACUACAGGAGCCUGGAGGCUGUGGCCACCAUGACUGCCCAGGACCUGGUGAGCCUGGGCGUCACGUCGGCUGAACACCAAGAGGCCCUGCUGAGUGGGAUCAGCGCCCUGCGGGCACGAGUGCUCCAGCUGCAGGGCCAGGGGGUACAGGUGUGAGCAGGCCCUGGUCCACCGUGCCAGGACCCGGAUGGGGGUCCAGACUCCCAGGCCUGCCCAAGGACCCUGGCAAGCUGUGCUUCACCCACGUGGGAGUGAGCGUUCGCUUCCUCUCCUUGAACACACGGCUGGUUUGGGGCCACAGCUCUCCCCACCCCGCCCCCUGUUUCACUCCCAGCUCCUCCCAUUCUCCCCAGUCUGAGCACCUCUGGAAUAAUGAUUCUAAUCCCUGGAGAGUAUCCCUGAGAUCAUAGCAGGGGAGAUCCAGGUCUGAGAGACAGAGGUGGGGCAGGGAUAGGGAGAAAAGAUGAGUUUAAAUUGUCCAGCUCAUGCUCUUCUGUGUUCCACACCCCAAUGGAUGCCCCUUUUCCCCACAGACCCAUUGGCCCAUGGGGCUCCCAUUAGGCCUGGCAGUGACCACCAUUGCUUGGUGGCCCAGGCUUGAGACUGGCCUGAGGGGGAGGGUCCUCAGCUUCCUGUGCCUGGGCUGGGGCCCACUUGGACACUGGUCCCUAAAGCCCAGGUGGGCAGAGGUGGUGCCAAGCUCAGGGGCUGGACUCCAAGGGCCAUAGAUACAGGAGCUGAUUUCUAAACAUCACUCCCCACCCCCAUCAUCACCACUACUUUGGGUUGACAGAGUGAAGACAAGGGUCUCAGCUAGGCUACUUAAGGCCUGCAGCUCACCAGGGGCCCCACCAGGCCUCCCAUUUGCAUUUCUUCUAUAAAUGCACUGGCCAGGGCAUCCUGGGAAGAGAUGAGGAGAGACUUGGGAGAUGGUGAAGAAAAGAUUCACAGAGGUGGAACGUCUUUCUCUGAUAGACUGGUCCAAGCCCCCACUAGACAGUUGGGAAAAACGAGGCCCAGUGAGGUGCCAUUGCCCCAGAGCUGGGGUUAAACCCAGGCUGCCAAAGUCACCACCCGGGGAUGAGGCUGCCCUGGAGAGCAAGCCCCUGGGCAUGCCCUGUGGUUCCAGCGCUCUUCCUGCAGACAGCCCAGGGAUGCUCUGGAGGUGACCUUUGUGCUAGCUCCAGCGCUGGGUACCUCCCGGUCUCUAACUGGGUGCCUGCUCCCUCUGGCUUCUGCAGAGCUCUGGUACAAACAGCCUCGCCGAGCUGACCCUGAAGUUCCCUUUUCCAGAAGGGCCCACUGGAAGCGGAGGCCCUCAUGAGCCAGGACUUUCCAUGGACAGCAGGAGGCAGCUGGGCCUGGAUAGGGCCGUGGGGACUGAGUUAAUCCAGUCAUUCCUGAGAGAUGCUUGUUCU